ACACGGCAUGCAUGAAGCCUUUAGAUCUCAGUCGAUUCCUAACACUGCACAUUAGUUAGACACACAAUAGAGAUCAAUGCAUAUUCUUGAGCAUUCAACUGCAAUAAGUCUAACGUUACAACGUCCGCAUAGCAGAUGUGGAGACACGUUAGCGGCAGUAGAGGGAAAUGGCGUUUUCUGAAGCAUCGACACUGUCAAAAGUAGGACUUGGAAUAUCCAUUCUUGCCGUGCUGUUUGACAUUGCUGCGUUUCCAACACCCUAUUGGAUGAUGAAGACGCUUGAGGUUACCGGUGCGUUGACGGAUACUAAUGUGGGUUUGUUCCAAUCCUGCUCGUGGGGCAAGAUUUGCACGGCAUUCAGCACAUCGGAAUAUAUCGCAAUGGGCAUGAGCUGGAUGGUUGCUGUGCAGGCGUUUGUCUUCCUCGGGUUCUUCAGCGGUGUCGGAGGCUGCAUCUUAAUCCUGCUGCACGUGGCAAACAUGUCUCACAACAGACGUUUCAAGAUUAUUAGUAUGUUUCUCACAUUAGCUGCAGCUGGAGUCACCUUAACUGGAAUCAUCAUCUUCGGCAUCAAAUCAAAGCAAGAGGGUGUGCUGGUCGGUUAUGACCUCGCGGGGGCCUUCACCCUCACCCUCCUGAGUAGUAUGUUGUACCUGGCUGCUGGUGUUGACCUGGCUGUUGAUGUCGUUGCCGGGUGAACGCUCUCUAAUCUCAGGACAUGGAUUCAAGCAAAGCACAGCGAGCUUUAUGAAAGGACAACGUGAAUUGUGUUCCCCUACCUUCAGAUGAACAAAACGAGAUGGGCGGUACUGAACAAUAAAAUGCAAAUCAAUUGGAUCUAUUUUACAAAUGUUCUUCACAUUGAUUGUGUAAACUGGAUAUGACCAUCACGAAGAGGGGUACUAAUUAUUUUUCAUCUAAUGCUUGUCAGACUGAUUGCGGACAUCUUACUUAGUGCUUGUCAGACUGAAUGCGGCCAUCUUACCUAGUGCUUGUCAGGCUGAUUGCGGCCAUCUUACCUAGUGCUUGUCAUGCUGAUUGCAGCCAUCUUACCAAGUGCUUGUCACACUGAUUGCGGCCAUUUUACCUAAUGCUUGUCAGGCUGAUUGCGGCAAUCUUACCUAGUGCUUGUCAGGCUGAUUGCGGCCAUCCUACCUAGUGCUUGUCAGACUGAUUGCGGACAAUUACCUAGUCCUUUGGUGAAAUUCUGACUAACCAGGUCUGCGUGGGUUGGUGGAUUUCAGGGAGUAUUAGGAGUGUGUCACAAGCUCGAAUGGAGGGUCAUGACAAAUGAUGCACAUAUUUUCGGAGGGUCAUGCAAAAGUUGACAUUUGAUAAUAAAAUAUGAAGCGCUUU